UGAAGUGAAGAUGUGGGUUUCUUUCAUAAUUUGUGUUUCUGUCAUCCUUCCAGAUAUAUACACAAGCGAGUCUGAGGUUGUCAGUCAAUCAGAUCCAGUGAUGUCUGUCUCUGUUGGUGAUAAUGUCACUUUGCGUUGCUCAGUUUUGAAAGAUUACAAUGAGCCAAUUGUUUGGUACAAGCAAACUCCAGGACAACAACCUUAUAUUGUUGCAAUGAUGCAAAAAUAUGUGGAAAAUCCUGACUUUUAUAAUGAGUUUAAAUCCCAGAAGCGUUUUUCUACUGAGAAAUUCAAAGGAGAGUAUCACUUGAGGAUUUCAAAUGUCACUGCAUCUGAUGAAGGAAUGUAUUACUGUGGAUGGAAAAAGUUUGAGAUUGAUUUUGCUGGAGGCACAUAUUUAACUUUGAAAGGGUUACAAGACACCCGACAUGAAUUGUACGUGUCUGUUCUUCAGCGUCCUGCAUCAGUGUCUGUCCACUCUGGAGACACAGUGAUGCUGAUGUGCUCUGUGCUGUCUGAACGCACAUCAGAAGACAUCAGAAUGUUCUGGUUCAGAUCUGAUUCAGAAAAAUCUGUUCCACAGAUCAUUUACACUUAUAAUCAGAGUGAUCAGUGUGAGAUUGAUUCUGCUACACAAAACUGUACAAACAAUCUGUACAAAGACAUUGUCAGUCAGACGGACGCUGGCAUGUAUUACUGUGCUCUGAUCACAUGUGGAAAAAUUCUGUUUGGUAAUGGGACAAAGAUACAUGUGGAAAAGUCAGUGGAAUCUAUAGUGAUUAUAUUGGGAGUACUGUUGGGGGUUUGUGUGGUUGUGAUUAUUACCCAAGCUGUCUCAUACCAUAAAAAACAAAGACAUUACUACAACAGAGAAAAUGUUCAAGACACUGACAAAGAACAUCCUUCCAGUCAGGACUGUGAUGCAGUGCAUUUGCAUUAUGCUGCUCCACAUUUUAAGGAGGUAAAAAACAGAAGAAUGAAAGGAAAAGAAGCUCCUCUGGACAGCGUGUACAGUCAACUGAAUGAUCUUAGGAUGGUUGAAUAUAGGAUAACAGAGUAAACACUGCCUGUGUGGCCAUGAUUUACCAACAAAUAGUGUGUACUGU